CCCUGAGGGGUGUUCCACGAACGGAGGUUAAACAAACACUGAGUUAACGCUGAACUCUAGGUUGAUUGACCCUGUGCCGACCAACCCAGAGUUUUCGGUUCCACAGCAGCGGUUAUGCAUUAGUUCAAUCAACUUGCGGUUGGUUAACCCAGGGUUGUGCGCGUCCACGCCAAACCUAUAAAGACGUGAUGUAUGGAUCAUGGAAUUACCGAUCAAUAUGGCGAAACGGGCCGCAUAUUUCUCAGAUCUCGACCUCCAGGUUCUCCUGGAGAGUUACGAUGAGGAAAAGGGAGUGAUAAUGAGGAAAUGCAACACAAAAGCAUCUGCCAUAAUGAGAAAUAAAGCCUGGCAGAGGAUAGCUGACCGCGUAAAUUCGUAAGUGUCAUGGUAAAAGCACUAUCCUAAAUAUUUGAACUAUGAAUAUAUUCAUUACCUAUCUCAGUUAAGCUUUCUUAACAUUCCAUAAUCUGUUAUCUAUAAAGAUGUAAUCCGACGGCCCCCAAACGAACUCGGGAACAAGUAAAAAUGAAAUACAAAAACGUUGUACAAGCUGCCAAUCGUAAGAGGGCCGACAGUCGGCAGACUGGAUCGGGCCCUCCAAUUACCUUCACCCCGGUUGAGGAGCUGGCUCUAACCAUUAAUGCAGGGCGCCCUGGCAUGGAGGGGAUACCUGGAGGUACCUCCUCCGAGAGUCCGGGGCCAUCUCCGUCCACUGUCAACCCACUGGUUGAAUAUCAAGACGGAGUAUUGCUUUUAAUCGAGCCGGCUACGAAUCCUCCAGUUUAUGUAAGUCCGGAGGCCGAUGAAAAUAUUGCCAUGGAUGGGUCUGAAAGAACUGAGACUGUGGUCGAGGAAGCGGCGGGUACAUCAGGGUCGCAAUAUCAGCAUUUGACUACUAAAGAAUUAUAUCGACUUCAUCUUCAGCGGGAAAUCGCUAAGGCUGAUUUGCAAAUGGAGUACACAAAGCUGCUGAUAGAGGUAAAAAAAAGGAGGUUGGGCAGAAAUUCAACGCGGACAUGAUAUUGCUAUUCAAUGUCUAAUUAUAUUAUUUUUCCUCCCUCAGCAACUAAAGAAUAAAAAUGAUUGAUAAAAACA